CCCCGCCCCCUCCAUUCUUCUCUUCCUGGUACUAGAAUGAUGGCUCUAUCUCUUCCUUCUCAAGUCCCGCCCUUUUAGCUACCCGUUCUGGAUAGGGAUCGGUAACCCAAAAAGGGCCGGCAAAACCGCCGACGUGUUUAGAGGAGCGGAAGUAGUCAAAUUUCACUGAGAACCGUAAAGUGCGGCCGGCUGUCUCCCUUUCCGGAGAACGACAACUGCUCCGACUGUCAGUGCCGGCCUUACUCGUGUAAGGGGAUCUGCCGGCCCCUUUCUAAUUCAGUUUUUCCCCAUUUCAGGCCCUUCCCUAUCGUCACCCCCUUCACCUUGGAUCAUGUUCAAGAAAUUUGAUGAAAAAGAAAAUGUGUCCAACUGCAUCCAAUUGAAAACUUCAGUUAUAAAGGGUAUUAAGAACCAAUUGAUAGAGCAAUUUCCAGAUAUUGAACCAUGGCUUAAUCAAAUCAUGCCUAAGAAAGAUCCUGUCAAAAUAGUGCGAUGCCAUGAACAUAUAGAAAUCCUUACAGUAAAUGGAGAGUUACUAUUUUUUAGACAAAGAGAAGGGCCUUUUUAUCCAACCCUAAGAUUACUUCACAAAUAUCCUUUUAUCCUGCCACACCAGCAGGUUGAUAAGGGAGCCAUCAAAUUUGUACUCAGUGGAGCAAAUAUCAUGUGUCCAGGCUUAACUUCUCCUGGAGCUAAACUUUACCCUGCUGCAGUAGAUACGAUUGUUGCAAUCAUGGCAGAAGGAAAACAGCACGCUCUGUGUGUUGGAGUCAUGAAGAUGUCUGCAGAAGAUAUUGAGAAAGUCAACAAAGGAAUUGGCAUUGAAAAUAUCCAUUAUUUAAAUGAUGGGCUGUGGCAUAUGAAGACAUAUAAAUGAGCCUCAGAAGGAAUGUGCUUGGGCUAAAUAUGGAUAUUGUGCUGUAUCUGUGUUUGUGUCUGUGUCACAGCAUGAAGAUAAUACCUCUGUGGUUAUGCUGAAUAAAUUAAACAGAUGCUAAACUUC